GGAUAAUCUGAAUGAGCCUUUCCUUCCUCUCUACAUAAUAUCUGCCGGUCGCUGGUGGUGUCACUUCUCACAGGCUGAUCGCAGGAGAUCAGGUGCUGUCUGGUGCCACCAUCACUGCUAUACUUUAUGUUCCUGCUGCUCAGCCAUGGGUGGAGCAAGUUCCAGUCCCUUCCUGAAGUGCACAUGUUCUCCAGUGACGGCCAUGCCAAGCAAGAAGUAGAGGAUUCUCACUGGAUUUCCACCGAUCCAUGGCUAAUCACACUGGAUUCAUUCUCCUUGGAUUCCCGGGAAUUGCAGAGAGGUUCCACAUUCCAGUCUCCAUUGCACUAUUUCUGAUCUACCUCAUAUCCCUCUUCUCCAAUGGCACUGUCAUAGUAUUGAUUAUUUCUAAUCGGUGGCUCUACCAACCCAUGUACGUGGUCAUCUUAAACUUGGCCAUUUCCGAUCUGCUGUUUGACACCAUCACUUUGCCAAAGAUCAUUGCCAAAUAUUGGUUUGAUGAUGGAUCCAUCUCAUUUGCCGGAUGUAUGUUCCAAGUGUUUUGUGCUCAUUUCCUGGGAAGCUUGGAUUCAUACAUCCUCUUAUUGAUGGCUGUGGACCGCUAUGUUGCCAUCUGCAAGCCUCUGAGAUAUCCCUCAAUAAUCACCAACCGAAGAACCAUCCUCCUCUGCUGCUUCUUUUGGUUGUUCACUGCUAUUAUCGGCUUGGUCAUUGCCCUUCUGGACUCCAAUAUUCCUCUCUGUGGACAAAAUAAAAUUCGAAGCUGCUUCUGCACCAACACUGGGGUCCUGUCCUUGGCUUGCAAAGACGUCAGGGUCAUCAAACAUCUGAUAUUCGGGAUUGCCAUGUUUGUCCUUCUACUACCAUUGGCGUUCAUCCUUUUCUCCUAUGGAGUCAUCAUCAGGGUCAUCAUCUCUCAGACCCAGUGUGACAGUCGGAGGAGGGCAUUUUAUACCUGCGCCACUCAUUUGUGUGUGAUUGGCUUGUAUUUUUUCCCAAGAAUAUUUGUGUAUGUGGCCAAUCAGGUCAAACUCAUCCUCAAUGAAGAUAUUAAUGUGCUCAUCCUUUGUCUCUACACCUUCGUACCACAUAUGGCGAACCCCAUUAUCUACUGUCUUAGGACUAAGGAAAUCAGAAGGACUUUUAAAAACUUUAUGAAGAAGAGAAUACUGAUGAAAACACAACACAUAUCUGUAAUUAAUACGGUUACAAAAUAAAGUCACUUUAGUCAUUUGUAUCAGAUAUUUAAUAGAGGGAUUCUGUCUCUUAAACUAUGAUGUACAAUACCGUGCCUGCCCACUGGGUGUGCUGGUAAGCUGGGGUAGAACAAUGUUCUUCAGCACCAUCUAGUGGUAGCAAUGUGUAGUGCAGCGAUUAGAAUUUUCUGAAAACUUCAAAAUACACAUUGGUUCUAAGACAAUAAAUAACUAAUACACAUCACAGGUACAAUGCAAUCACAUCUAUCUAUCUAUCUAUCUAUCUAUCUCAUAUCCAUCUAUCUAUCUAACUAUCAUCAGAUAUCUAUCUGUCUGUUUAGAAAGGAUCGCUAAAAC